GGUUUCUUCCGGAGGACAAUCAGAUUGAAGCUUAUUUAUGAUCGAUGUGACCUUAACUGUCGGAUCCACAAGAAAAGCAGAAAUAAAUGUCAGUACUGUCGAUUUCAGAAAUGUCUUGCUGUGGGGAUGUCCCACAAUGCUAUCAGGUUUGGACGGAUGCCACAGGCUGAGAAAGAGAAGCUGUUAGCAGAGAUCUCCAGCGACAUCGACCAACUGAACCCAGAGUCUGCUGAUCUCCGGGCCCUGGCCAAACACUUGUAUGACUCGUACAUAAAGUCCUUUCCGCUGACCAAAGCCAAGGCGAGGGCCAUCUUGACAGGAAAGACAACAGAUAAAUCACCAUUUGUUAUCUAUGACAUGAAUUCCUUAAUGAUGGGAGAAGAUAAAAUUAAAUUCAAACACAUCACUCCCCUGCAAGAGCAGAGCAAAGAAGUGGCCAUUCGCAUCUUUCAGGGGUGCCAGUUCCGCUCAGUGGAGGCUGUGCAAGAGAUCACAGAGUAUGCCAAAAACAUUCCGGGUUUUGUGAACCUUGACUUGAAUGACCAAGUAACUCUGCUCAAGUAUGGUGUCCAUGAGAUCAUUUAUACGAUGCUGGCGUCUUUGAUGAAUAAAGAUGGAGUUCUCAUAUCAGAAGGCCAAGGCUUCAUGACAAGGGAGUUUUUAAAGAGCCUGCGGAAGCCCUUUGGUGACUUUAUGGAGCCCAAGUUUGAGUUUGCUGUGAAAUUCAAUGCACUGGAAUUAGAUGACAGCGACUUGGCAAUAUUUAUAGCUGUCAUUAUUCUCAGUGGAGACCGGCCAGGUUUACUGAAUGUGAAGCCCAUUGAGGAUAUACAGGACAACUUGCUGCAAGCCUUGGAGCUCCAACUGAAGUUGAACCACCCUGAGUCCUCUCAGCUGUUUGCCAAGCUGCUCCAGAAAAUGACAGACCUCAGACAGAUUGUCACAGAGCAUGUGCAGCUAUUGCAAGUUAUAAAGAAAACAGAGACAGACAUGAAUCUUCAUCCACUCCUACAAGAGAUUUAUAAGGACUUAUAUUAGCAAAAGAAGUCCUAAAUCACUGAACAAAGUUUCUUCAAAUUGCACUAUUAUUUUGAGGGAAAAUAUGACACCUAAGAAAUUUACUGUGAAUAAAACCAUUUUAGAAAGAAAAGGUUUUAGGAUAAUAGAUCUAUUUUAAGCAUAUUGUUUCUAAAGAUACAUUUACAAUUUACUUUUAAUAUUAAAUAUUACCAUAUCAUGA